AUCAUGAGUGAUCACACCUUAUUCCCUAUAAAACGAUCCCCACGGCUCUCCUCUCUUCACAAGUAGUACCCUGCAAGCCAGAAUCCUCCAAUAUAUAGCGAGAUAGAGAAAGCGCUGAUAAAAAGAAAUGCCCACAUUACAAGUGUCUAUGUCAAGUCCUAGGGUUGUUGUCAUGACCACCCAGCUGAGUACUAUUGCCCUAGUAGUACUGUCACUGGGGGCAUUACUACUUCCAUUACCUCAAGCAGAGGCUCGUGCUUUUUUCGUCUUCGGAGAUUCACUUGUAGAUAAUGGCAACAACAACUACUUAGCAACCACGGCACGUGCCGAUUCUCCACCCUAUGGCAUCGAUUACCCCACACACCGACCAACCGGCCGCUUCUCCAAUGGCUUGAACCUCCCCGACAUUAUUAGCGAGCAGAUUGGGUCAGAGCCCACAUUGCCAUACUUGAGUCCACAGCUCACCGGACAAAGAUUACUAGUCGGUGCCAACUUUGCUUCCGCCGGCAUUGGAAUCCUCAAUGACACUGGAAUUCAGUUUCUCAACAUUAUAAGAAUCUUUAGGCAGUUUGAACUGUUCCAACAGUACCAGCAAAGGUUGAGUGCACUGGUCGGAGAAGCUCAGGCACGGCGGCUGGUGAACGAUGCGCUUGUCCUCAUGACUCUUGGUGGUAACGACUUUGUUAACAACUAUUUCUUGACACCUUUCUCAGCAAGAUCACGCCAAUUCUCUAUCCCGGACUUCUCCCGCUACCUCAUCUCUGAGUACCGGAAAAUUCUGCGGAGGUUAUACGAGCUGGGAGCCCGAAGAGUGAUGGUGACGGGAACAGGGCCAUUGGGGUGUGUCCCGGCAGAACUAGCCAUGAGGAGCAGGAAUGGGGAGUGUGCAGAAGAGUUACAACAGGCAGCUGGAAUUUUCAACCCGGAGCUCGUCCAAAUGAUAAAACAACUCAACAGCGAGCUCGGCGCAGAUGUUUUUGUUGCUGCCAAUGCGUUCCAGAUGAACAUGGACUUCAUCAACAGUCCCCAAAGAUUCGGCUUUGUUACAUCAAAAGUAGCAUGCUGUGGGCAAGGCCCCUAUAAUGGGAUCGGAACAUGCAACCCGCUGUCAAGCUUAUGUCCCAACCGGGACAUCUACGCAUUUUGGGACCCUUUCCAUCCAUCAGAACGUGCAAACCGCCUAAUCGUGCAGCAGAUAAUGACCGGUUCUUCAGAUUACAUGAACCCCAUGAAUCUCAGCACCAUUAUGGCCAUGGACUCCAAUAUCUAAUUAAUAAUAUUGUUGUCUAAUUAGUUAUAUAUAUAUAUGUAGAAUUGUGAUAUUCAAAUACUACUUCAUGCCUAGCUAGCUUAUAUCUAUAUGUAAGGACAAGCCCUAAUGGGAAUCGAUCGUUCUAGCUAGCUAGCUAGGUUUUUAAUUAAUUAGUGAUUGGCAGAUGCAUUUUACAUUCUACAUGCAAUGAUGUUGUGGCAGUGCAUUUGGUAUAUCUGUAACUAGUGAUCAUGACCAGCUUAAUUGUAUUCGAAUUAAUUAAGUACGUUGCUUGGUUGAAUAUAUAAUUAAUGUUGAUGCA